CAAGAACAACUGCAAAGGCAAACCUUAAAACUUGCCAAUAAAACUUACAGAGGGGGGAAUGGCAGAACCAGCCCAAGUUCCGCUUUCACAUCUCGUUGUACCUAUACUCCUCACAGUUGGCUGGAUAGUGGGCUGUGCACUAAUGGUUUACAUUGUCUUCUCCUGAUGGAAGACAAAAGAAUUUACAGAGAUGUUGAUUAGAAGAACCUGGAUGUUAAACUGAAAUUUCUAAUGACUGUGUUAUAAAAUGAUUUGGUUUUAAUGUCAACAUUGCAAAUGUGGUGUAUACUUUUUAUCCAGAACAGAAGUUCAAAAUGCGAAUUAGAGCUUUAGGAAGGAUCAUCAAACCAACUUUUCAGGUUUCAAAUAGUUUGUAAUUGAUGGAGUAGUUUCUGGAGCCCAGCAGUAGGUCAGAUAGCUGCCUGCUUUGUUGUUGCCACACUGAAUUGAAGCAGUUUUGGAAACUUUUCCUAGAGUUAGUGAUGCAGUGCUGGACAAAAAAAAAUUAGUUCAGCUCAUUUGUAAGAUGUGCUGAGCAGGGGAAGAA